UGUCUAUGGCAUUUCACAAGUGCUUCGCGCAGUAGAAAGUGCUCUAUUUGUAAAUAUUGUUAUAUUGUAAAUAUUAGAAGCGAAUAGUAUUUAUACAAGAAAUCUUUGUUUUUAAUAUUUAUUAAAGUGUUUUAUGGAUAAAACUCGUCGGUUGAGACAAGUUUAAACCCAUACAGGGUUCAUCAUGGUGAUGGAAGCCAAUCCCAUUGGUGACAAUCACACAGAUGAGCGAGUCCAUAGCACAUCCCUGCGGCCGAGAGCAGGCGGCGAUGUAAUCCCAGAACGUUCUGUGGGAACACUCGACCUGAACAUGUCAUAUUCAGCGCCCUCCAACUUAGUACUAACCCCAGCACCCGAAUGUCGUAAACUCUCAAGAGGUAUAUCAAGAGCGACAGAUAACGAGGGGUUGGUAUGGGCGUUAAGAAGCAACACAGACCCGGAACCGAACACACUAACCUCCGACCACAUUCUCCUACUGCCGGAUAUAUCAGUUUAUCCGCCAGAUUUUAGGAUAUUUAUCGAAAAAGAUCUUCUCGAAACGGCCACACUCGUAACAUUAGAGUCGGCUAGUAUAUUGAACUGGUGGCGCCACGGUCGCGUUCCGGGAGCUCCCCGGCUGUUGCCGCUGGCGACAUCUGGUGAUGGCAAUUGUUUACCUCACGCGGCCUCACUAGCUGCUUACGGGUUCCAUGAUCGACUUCUGGCACUCCGAACGAAAGUACAAGCCUUGUUAUCCGGCGAGGGAGGGGAUGUGCUUACAAAGGCCAUAAAGCGGCGCUGGCGCUGGUCGGAGAGCGUCCCGCUGCGCUCGGCGGGGCUGCGGCCGUCGGAGGGCGAGUGGGCGCGCGAGUGGGCGGACGCCGUGCGCGCCGCGUCGGCCGAGCCGCGGCCGCGCCCGCAGCCCGCCGCGCAGCCGCACUACGCCGGCCUCGAGCAGCUGCACGUGUUCGCGCUCGCGCACGUCAUGAAGCGCCCCGUCAUCGUGUUCGCGGACGUCGCGCUCAGGGAUUUCCGCGGCGAUCCGAUAGCCCCGAUCCCCUUCGGCGGUAUCUACCUACCCUUGGAGUUGGACCCCGCAGUGUGCAGUAAGGCGCCCAUCCUGCUCGCUUACGACGCCGGACAUUUCUCAGCACUAGUUCCUUGCGAGCCCCUACCGACUGAUGGAGCCAGAGUCCCGCUAGAAGACGAGGCUGGAAACCCUAUGCCGAUUCGCUUCAACGUAGACCCGGGAGAAGAUUUCCGAUGGGACGUCGAGCCGGACCAGAAAACCAUCAACAACCUCCUACCGGACGAGUACCAGAGGACGGCCAUUCUCGCCGCCUACCUCGACCUCGAGACCGUCGAGUGCCUGUCGCGCAGCCCCCCGCCCGAGGAGCUCCGGCGGUCGCUCGACGCGCUUUCGACGAAGAGCUCGAAGCAGCUGAACUCGGUGGCGAAGCAGUUCGGCAGCAUCGGGCGCUCGAUGAGCAGCAAGCUGAAGAAGAACUUCGGCUCGAUGGCCAAGCUGGGCGGCAAGAGCGGCAGCCACAGCAACCCCGAGGAGGGCCCGGCGCGCCGCUCGCCCUGCGCGCCCGGCGCGCUGCUCUGCUGCCGCCUGCGCGCCGCCCGCGCGCCCGUGCAGGACGAGAUGGUCAAGAACUACCUCGACGAGGCGUGGAUCGGAUAUACAGCCGAAAAAAACAGAAAGGAAGAAAACCGUACAGCGCCUUCGCAGCCGCGCUACGGCACCGGUCGGUCACAGUUCUACGCUGAAGCCGACCGAGCUGCUCACGAAGUCGCCAGAACGCUUACCACUCGGUCCGUUAGGCCUGCGCAGGAUCGAACCCUGUACCUUUCUAAGUCAACGUUCUACGACGACCGUCCCCCCUCCCCUAAACCUUGCCGGGCCCCACUUUGCAUGUACUACGGCAGUCCGGCGAAUAACGACUACUGUUCCAGGUGUGCGAAGUUACAGUGAGUGCUUCCCACUACUAAUGUAGUUUUAGUUGUACUUAAUAAUCACAAAGUCUUUGUAUCUUUCUGUCGUAUUGAUAAAUAUAUAUUUGUCUCGCUCUAACUCGUUACUCAUCACCG